AAUAAUUAAACUGACACAAAAUCAGUCCCAACGGGGUGGAGCCCGCUUGCAGCUACACUGAAGGAAAUGCUUAUGUGCUCCACAUUACACCAGAGUGCUUCUGAAGGAUGAAUAGCAGUGGACCAGCAUACCCAUUAGCCUCUCUCUAUGUCGGUGACCUUCAUCCUGAUGUCACUGAGGCCAUGCUGUACCAGAAGUUUUCUCCUGCUGGUCAGAUCAUGUCCAUCCGUGUGUGCCGUGAUGUCAUUACACGGAGAUCCCUCGGAUAUGCUUACAUCAACUUCCAGCAGCCUGCUGAUGCGGAAUGUGCCCUUGACACCAUGAACUAUGAAGUCAUCAAGGGUCAUCCAAUCAGGAUCAUGUGGUCUCAACGAGAUCCAGGUCUGAGAAAGUCUGGUGUGGGAAACAUUUUCAUCAAGAACAUGGAUGAGUCUAUUGACAACAAGGCUCUCUAUGACACCUUUUCUGCCUUUGGUAACAUCUUGUCAUGUAAGGUGGUUUGUGAUGAGAAUGGCUCAAAGGGUUAUGGGUUUGUGCACUUUGAGACCCAAGAAGCAGCCAACAGAGCCAUUGAGACCAUGAACGGCAUGCUUCUGAACGACCGCAAAGUUUUUGUAGGGCAUUUUAAGUCUCGUAAGGAGCGUGAGGCAGAGUUUGGAGCUAAAGCCAUGGAGUUUACCAAUGUGUACAUUAAGAACUUCGGUGAAGAUAUUGACCGUGAGAAACUGAAGAGCAUCUUCUCUGAAUUUGGUAAGACCCUUAGCGUCUGUGUAAUGACAGAUGAAAGGGGACGCUCUCGUGGCUUUGGAUUUGUCAACUUUGAAAACCACGGAGAUGCCAGGAGGGCAGUAACUGAAAUGAAUGGCAAAGAGCUGAAUGGCAGAGUCCUGUAUGUGGGCAGAGCUCAGAAAAGACUGGAGAGGCAGGGAGAACUCAAACGCAAGUUUGAGCAAAUAAAGCAGGAACGCAUACAACGCUACCAGGGGGUUAAUCUCUAUGUAAAAAAUCUAGAUGACGGCAUCGAUGAUGAGAAACUAAGGAAAGAGUUUGCACCUUAUGGAACCAUCACUAGUGCAAAGGUGAUGACAGAUGGAGGCCACAGUAGGGGCUUUGGCUUUGUGUGUUUUUCCUCUCCUGAAGAGGCCACGAAGGCAGUGACUGAGAUGAAUGGCCGUAUCGUUAGCACUAAACCACUAUACGUGGCUCUUGCCCAGAGAAAAGAGGAGCGAAAGGCAAUCCUCACCAAUCAGUACAUGCAGAGACUAGCCAGCAUUCGAGCCAUUCCCAGCCCUGCCAUACCCACCACCUACCAGCAGAGCUCCGGCUACUACAUGACCUCUGUGCCGCAACAUCAGGUUCGCUCUUUUUACAACACCGUACCAAACCUGCGGCCUGUGCCACGCUGGACAGCUCAAGCACAGAGGACUCAAGCUCCAUUUACAGCUCAGUUUGUGAGACAAGCGGUGCCCCGCAGGCCCUCUACCACCAUCAGCACAGUCCGCCAGGCCUCCACUCAGGUUCCUCACAUUAUUAACAACACCCAGCGAAUGGCCAACAUUGGCACACAGACUGCAGGUGGGAGAACUGCAGGAGCCGGAGCUGUAGUCAGAGGAGCCAGUCAAUACAAAUACUCAGCAGGAGUGCGAAAUGUGCAGCAGGUCAUCAGUGCUCCAGCUCCUGUCAUCCACCAGGUAGUACCGAAUACAGAGCCGGCGGUUCAUGUGAGAGGCCAGGAGCCCCUUACUGCCUCAAUGCUGGCAGCUGCACCCUUAAAAGAGCAGAAACAACUCCUGGGUGAGCGGCUGUAUCCACUUAUCCAGGCCUUGCAUCCGACUCUUGCGGGAAAGAUUACAGGCAUGCUGCUGGAGAUUGACAACUCUGAACUACUGCACAUGCUCGAGUCUCCAGAGUCCCUGCACUCCAAGGUUGAAGAGGCUGUAGCGGUGCUUCAGGCUCAUCAAGCCAAGGAACUGUCGGCAAAGUGAGGGAGCUUUGUAAGGCGGGCAUGCUCACUGAAGGUCUGUGAGGGUUGUUCCAGAGAAGGAGGAAAAGAAAACAGCACUUCAGAGUCAUGCUAUUUAAUGCAUGGUUUGCACACUUCAAAUGUCCUUUUGCUCUCCACAGUGUUAAGUUUGUUCUGGUUUUGUUUAUUUAAAAAAAA